GUCUACUUUUCGAUAACUGAAUGGUUGACAAUUACAAAACACAAAUACUGUACAUUAAUUGCAAAGAUGGCAGACAAAGAGCCAACACCUCAAGAAGAAGCCGCAGCACGGGCAAAGGAGGCAGCAGAGCAAGCCUCCCUCCCCUACAAAUGGACGCAAACGAUUUCCGAUCUGGAUAUCACCGUCGAGAUCCCCGGAAACCUUAAAGCUAAAGAUCUAAUCGUUGAUAUCAAACGCCAAUCACUAAAAGUAUCAGUUAAGGGUCAACCCCCUAUUAUUGACGAUGCACUUCCUCACACUAUCCUCCUCGACGACAGCACCUGGACCUUGUCUAGUCUUCCCUCUGGUAGCAAAGCUCUCGAAAUCCACCUCGAUAAAGUAAACAAAAUGGAAUGGUGGGCACAUGUUGUCGUCUCCGCACCAAAGAUAGAUGUCACCAAAAUUACACCUGAGAAUAGUAAAUUGGGAGAUUUAGACGGAGAGACGAGGGGCAUGGUGGAAAAGAUGAUGUGGGAACAGAGGGACAAGGAAGCGAAUGGGGGAAUCAGCAGUGAGGAGAGGAAGAAGAAAGAGAUUUUGGAGAAGUUUCAAAAGGAACAUCCAGAGCUCGACUUUUCGAAGGCACAGAUGAAUUGAAAGGCUCCAAUGUUUGAGGGAGAAAUUGACAUAAUGGUUGCGCGGAAGAAUCAGGGCGAACAAAACGAUGAGCAUGCGAAAUCUGCUAUAGCUGAUUGCACUACUUAUGAAGAUACCUAUUUAUUGGCGAAAUCGAAGGACA